AUUUGUUAUGUGGUGUCAUUACAAGGAGUUUGAGUAGUUGGUGUCAUAACUAGUUUUCACAAUCUAUCAAGCAUAGGACUAGGCCUACAUACCUUAGAUGUGGCCCGACAGUCAGGAUGUUUAGCAAGGCUCUGCCCAAGGGAUGUUUCCUGUGUUUAACUCUAAAUUUGUCAUUUUUCCGUUUCACAAUGCUGUAAAAGCCUUUGUUUUCUUUGUGUUGUACAAAUGUCUGUCAACAGAUUGCAAAUACAAACAUCAGGCAUACAGGAUGGGAAAGUUUUUACAGUAGACUUGAAUUGUGCGAACGUUAAUGAUGAUUGGAGAAAUGCAUCAAAUUGACUCCAAAAACUGUAAAAAUAAAUUGUUAUGUAGAUGUCGAGAGAUUCAGAAUUAUCUUCCUUCAAAGGAAAAAGUACGGGAACAGAAACAAAAGAAGGAGGCGUAAACUGGUGAUCUGUGGGUGGUGCUAACCUUAUCUCACUGACUGCCCCCUUCGAUGCAAAGAGACCAAUCGUGUCUGGGUAUUUGGUUUCGGAGGGAAAUUAUAGGACGUUGUGGGUGUGUGAAGUGACGCAGUCUGCUAUUUACAUAGAACGUAAUGUAUAUAUACACCGGGUAACUCCAGUAGUAGUACGCAUUCAAUUUUUACUAAUUGAACAGACUAAAAUGCCUGAUCCAGCUAAACCUGCGCCGAAGAAGGGCUCUAAGAAAGCCGUGACAAAGUCCGCCGGUAAAGGAGGCAAGAAGCGUAAGAGGACCAGGAAGGAGAGCUAUGCCAUCUACAUCUACAAAGUCAUGAAGCAGGUCCACCCCGACACCGGUAUUUCUUCCAAAGCGAUGGGCAUCAUGAAUUCCUUCGUGAAUGAUAUUUUUGAACGCAUCGCCGGAGAAGCCUCCCGCUUGGCUCACUACAACAAGCGUUCCACUAUCUCUUCCAGGGAGAUCCAGACCGCAGUGCGUCUGCUUCUUCCCGGUGAGCUGGCCAAGCAUGCCGUGUCCGAGGGAACAAAGGCCGUCACCAAGUACACCAGUUCUAAGUAAAGUCUAAUCUUAAACGAACUUCAAUCCAACGGCUCU